CACAUGGUUUGUAUAUAUAUUUUGUUUGUUGUGUAAAUUAUUGUCUAAUGUAUUCUAUACGUAUAAUAUUAGCAUAUAUCAUAUUUUAUUAAUUCAUUUUUCAUGUAUUGAUGAUGUAUGUUGUCAACGUAAUGUUGAUUAAUUAUAAUCACUACGUAAGAUGACCUAACGGUAUAGAUUAUUGUCGUUUAGUUGGAAAUUUACCUAAUGCGUAUUUUUCAAUCUUUAAUUUUAUUUAUGUUCGGCUAAAGUUUUUUUAGCUUUUGAAGAGUAAUAACUACGGAUUCAAACGUUAUUAAAAUAAACAAAAAGGUACAACUAAAAGAAUGUAGUUAAAUUGCACAAAAUUUAUCCGUGAUUUUAUGAAAUUGUACCAAAUCUUUUAUACUUCUAAAACUGCGUCAAACUUCUUCGUGGUUUCAUAAACUUUGUGUCUAAUCCCCUCAGCGGUUCUUAUUUAACAGUAUUUGAUCUAAAUACGCUCAAACUGCGAAUAAAUUUUAGAAUUUCAAUUUUUAAACCUCUAAAAUUACAAAUAUAUUUAUUUUAUAUAUAUAUAUUUAGCCUAAAAAAAUAGUAAAAAUAUUCUUAAAACCUUAAAAAAUAACUAUUUUUUAGUAUAUUUACUAUUUUUUAUGCUAAAUAUAUAUAUAAAAAAAUAAAUAUAUUAGUAAUUUUAGGGGUUUAGAAAUUGAGAUUCUAAAAUUUAUUCGCAGUUUGAGCGCAUUUAAGUCAAAUAUCGUUAAAUAAGGACCACUGAGUAGCUUAGACGCAAAGUUUAUAAAAUCACGAGGAGGUUAACGCAGUUUUAGAAGUACGAGAAAUUUGGUGGAAAAAAAAUAAAAAAAAUGCAGACAAAGUAUUCAGCAAACCUACCAAAAACCUAUUCAAUAACACACCCCACGCUUCUAAAUUUUCAUUUAAACUCACGAGUUGACUUAAAUUUAUUUUGUACUUUAUAAAAAAGUCAGAUUAGAUUUGAAUCAACCAACUCAUGCGUGGCCCAAAUAUAUUAUCAAAAGGAGGGGCAUAAUCGUAAUUUCAUGACCAUAUAGAAGGACCCAUCUUGUAGGAUCUCUUGGCUUAAAAGGCAAGAAAAAAAGGUUCAUUUGUCACAACAUUACAUUACUUCCCUCUCAUGCCAAGAUUUCACACAUUCAUGUCCUCCACCAUGUUUGUUUCUUCCUCAUCCUUCUAGCCUCCCCUAAAGCUUCCUUUUAUUUUUUUUAAAUAAAUAAAAAAAAAAAUUGGUUUUUUUCGACACUAUUCGGCGUUCGAAAUGGCAGCACUCGUGCCAGGAGUCUUGAUCAAGCUCCUCCGAGCCAUAAAUUCGAACCACCGGGUUCGCGGCGAGCACCGCUCGGUCUUAUUACAAGUAAUCAGCAUUGUCCCGGCCAUAUCGGGAUCGGAGCUAUGGCCGGACCACGGCUUCUUCAUCAAGAUCUCCGAUUCAUCCCAUUCGACGUACGUCUCCCUCUCGAAACCCGACACCGACCUCAUCCUCAACAACAAGCUCCAGCUCGGGCAGUUCUUCUACGUCGAUAGGAUCGAGUCGGGCACGCCGGUCCCCGUUCUCGUCGGCGUCAGACCCGUCCCGGGACGGCACGCAUUUGUCGGAAACCCUAAGGAUCUCAUGCAGCUGCUCGAAUCGUCGGAGUUUCUGACAACCCCGAAAGAAGACGGCGAUCAAGAAAAUGUUAAGAGUAACGGUGAGGACGAGAGUGUGAAGAAAAGGAUCGUGAUUAAGGAGGAGAAGUCCGGCGUCGCGUCGCGGUAUAUGCAGGGUGUGGUGAAGCAGAGGCCCGAUUCGGGGAGAGAGACGGAUACGGAGGUCGAGAUGUCGAAGAAGAAGACGAAGGAGUCGAAAGUUCAGCCGUGCGACGCGGAUUCUUUGAGCGCCAAAUUGGGCGUGGCGCCGUCGAAGCCUCGGGCGCCUAAUAGCGCCAAAAAGCCGUGUCCCGACACAAUAUCAUGGUCAAGUCUCCCGGCUGCGCUUCUCAAGCCCGGGAAGGGAAUGGUUCGAUCGGGAAAUUUAGCUUUGUUGGCCGCGGCUGAAGCGCAAAAGGAAGCGAAAGUCGCGGCGAAUCUCGCCAAGUGCCUCGGUUUGUUUGCGGAACUCUACUCGUCGGCAUCUCCUGAAAAUCCUCAUUUCUACCUCCCGAAGUUCUUCACGCUCGACCAGCUCAUCGAAACGUCGGAAGUAGCCAUCCCGACGAAGGAUGUUUGGGACAAUCUACUAACAAAUUCGACUCCAAAAGACAACGAAAUCUACAAAUCAGCGAAAAAAUCGAAUGGUAGAUCGACGAGCCGUAGCGCUUUUACAGCCUCGGCGCAAUGUACGAAUAAUGAUAAGCUAGAAUGGGCGAAAGGCGACGGCGGGAAAGAAAUCGCGGAAGUAAAAAGGAUUCUUUCGAACGAAAUGCAAUCGUGGUUUCUCGAUUUCUUGGAUCGAUCGCUCGAAAUAGGCUUUCGAGGCGGCGGCGAAGCCAGGAACGGAAAAGAGAGAGUCAUCGAGCAGAACAACCACAUUGCGGUGACGCUGUCGCUGCUGAAACAGGCCAAUGAGUGGCUCGACAAGGUGCGGUGGAGCGAAUCGAACUCCGCCGUCGAAAAAAUUGAUCAUCAGAUUGAGGAAAGUGUCGAGAGAUUGAAGCAAAAGGUUUAUUCCUGCUUGCUUGUUCAUGUCGAUUCUGCAGCAUCAGCUCUGGAAAGUCGAAAGUCUCAGAUUUGAAUUUAAAUUCAUGUUUCUUGGUUACCAAUUUUUAUUAAGUUAUGUUGUGAAAUAUGUUGUCAACUUUUUUUGACAAUCGUUGGAUCGAUGUGAUCGUUAAUAAACUUGUGUUGUAAUGUUCCUACUGUCCAUGAACUUAUUCAUUAAUGAACUAUAUUACUUCCGGUCCAUCUAGUGAUAUA